UUAUGAAAUAUGCAUGGAGAACAGAUGUCCCCCGCUCUCCACUCCCGCCCCACCCCCCUCAGGGCCAGCCCCCUCCUUUGGUUCCCGGGAGGUGGGGGGGCUCAGUGGACUCUCCACCAAUGGCAGCCUAAUCUAGCUAGUUAAUAUUGAUAAUCCGGGUCCUGGGCUAGCCAAUGGAAGGCCAGGGGUGUUCUGUGCAUCUCCAUAUAUAUACAUAGGGCGGGCAGCCCAGGUGUGUAUGUAUGUGUGUGUGUAUGAGUGUGUGUGUCUAGGGGUGGGUGUGUGAGCUGGAGUGUGGGUGCUAGAUUGGGCUGAGCUCUCUCCUCUCUCCUUACCUUUGUCCCCCCACCCCCUCCCACUAUGUAUUCCACUCUUGCCUGCCUUGGUGCCCAGAGGGCACUCCCACACCAUCCCCAAGCUCCCUAGGAGCUGGAUGCAAACUUUACUGAGCACAGACGGAUGAGCACAGAUCUGCCAGAGGAGCCAGGGGCCAGGUCAGUGCUGCCCCUCAGGGGCCCCCUGCCGGGCUGACGAGCACUACCCCUUCCAGCGGGUCCCUUGAUCUUCCCUGUUUUGGGCCAUGGAAUUCUGAGGGGCCUGUGCUCAACAGAGCUAGCUCCAAGGACCUAACCUUCCAGGACCCUCCUCCAGAUCCACCCUCUCCAACCACCAUCCAGCUGGAAAGCUCCUCUGGGGUUGGGGCACCCUGCAUCAUGAUGCUUAAUUCAGACCCUAUGGAGCUGGACCUGCCUCCCACCCAUUCAGAGACAGAGUCAGGUUUCAGUGACUGUGGGGGAGGUGUGGGUUCGGACAGGACAGGGCCUGGAGGUCCUGGGGGAGGCCAGGCCAGAGGUCCUGAGAUGGGGGAGUCUGGUCGGAAGGACCUGCAGCAUCUGAGCCGGGAGGAACGGCGGCGGAGGAGGAGGGCCACAGCCAAGUAUCGCACUGCCCAUGCCACUAGGGAACGGAUUAGAGUGGAGGCCUUCAACCUAGCCUUUGCUGAGCUUCGCAAGCUGCUGCCCACCUUACCCCCCGACAAGAAGCUCUCCAAGAUUGAAAUCUUACGCCUGGCCAUCUGCUAUAUUUCCUACCUGAACCAUGUCCUGGAUGUCUGAACUCUUUGGUCCCUUGUUUGGGGGAAUCCUACCCUCGGGGUUCCUUCCUCUCCCAGCAGAGAAUAUCUUGCUGCCCAGCUCAGUCCUCUCUCUCUCUCUCUCUCUCUCUCUCUCUCUCUCUCUCUCUCUCUCUCUCUCUCUGUUAUGUCUGCCCUGAACCAUGUUCUGGGCUCCUGAGUCCUUGAAUUGCCCCUGCCCUGUCCUACCCUCAUACUCAUAAAUGGCCAAUUGUCCAGGGAAAGUGAUGACUUAGCUCAGACCAAGGGCAGAGAGGCUAUUUUUAGAGGUUAACUAUAGUGGCAGUUGUUUGUGUUUGUGUGUGUGUGUGUGUGUGUGUGUGUGUGUGUGUGAGAGAGAGAGAGAGAGAGAGAGAGAGAGAGAGAGACAGAGAGAGGGAGGGAGACAGACAGACAGACAUCAGGGUUGAGCUGGUCAGACAUGUUUUCUGGGUCAGCCCAUGUGUGGCCUUUAGCAUAUAUUUUGGGCUUUUCCAGCCUAUUCUUUGUUUCUACCUAGCUUUUGGUCAAGCUGCUAUAGUUCCUACCCUCAUUUGGAAUGUUAAAGACUUCUGAUUUCAAUUCUGACACUGUCUUACCUACAAAAACACACUUCACACCCACCCUCCUUUUCCAGCAAUUCCUGCCAACAGAUAGAGGGAAUAAAAUGAAGAGGAAAGUAAAGGAGGCUGGAAUCAGGGUAAAUGGGGCACAUUCCCUGGAGAUCUCCUCAUAUAAGAAACUGUAGUAUUUUUGUUAUCUAGCUGACCCUUGAUGCUUAUCUCUCCCUAGUUGUAUACUUCAUUUUUCUGGGUUACUUGGCUAUUUCUACCCUGUUAGCCGUUUCCUCUCCAUUUUUUUUUGUGGCCCAGGGAAAGUAUUAUCUGGGGCUCUCCCAAAGGUCAGAGUAAUGAAGGGCCUAUCCAAAGCAGAUCUAAUAUAUCCAUAGGAGAACCAUCAGUGUUUAGAUAGCUAUCUGCAAGUGUCCCAUCACCCCCAUGGGGUGUUUGUGUGUGCGUAUGUGUGUGUGUGUGAAUUUCAUUCUUCUUGUUUUGUGAAGGUUCUAGGACUUCUGAUGUAGCAUUUUUUCCUUCUCCCAUCAUUCCCCACCAAAAAGAAACUGGCAAGGCCUCUAGGGCAAGGGGAGAGAGAGAGAGAGAGAGAGAGAGAGAGAGAGAGAGAGAGAGAGAGAGAGAGAGAGAGAGAGAGAGAGAGAGAGAGAGAGUAUGUGUAGAGGGGCAUAUGGGCAUAUGCUGAAGGGACCAAUGGCUGGUAUAGGAGUGACAAUGCUGCCCCCUUUCUUUCCUUCCCCUAACACUGCCUCUUCUUUCUCCCCUUGCCCAAACUUUCACUACCACAAGGAUAUUUAUUUAUUUGUUAUUUAUUUAAUUUAUUUAUAAACAUUGCUAUUUAUUGCUGUGUUGUGCACUUUGGUUUAGAGUGAGGGUCUGAAGCAGCUCUAGCUGUACAGUUCUCUCUCUCCCACCCCUUUCUCCAGCCUUGGGACUAGCUUCCUUCCUCUCUUACCACACCACCCCUCCACUAUCUUCUUUGUAUCAUUCCCCCUCCUUUGCCCCUCUCUCCAAAAAGAACUUCACAAAAUUCUCCCAGCAUUCCUCCCAAGGAUUUUGGACUACUAUUUGCACCACUCUCUCCCAAACCCCAUCCAGCAUCAGCCUAUGAGCUUUGAUCUUCUGCUCUGAAACUCCCUUAACCCCAAACAAUCCCUGUCUCAUUUUCCUGUAUCCUAUGCGAUUCCCUUAAUGGCAGUUAUGAUUUUCACACAAAAAGGAGAAUUAAAGUGACCUCUUUCCAGUUUCUAUAA